AUCCCUCACCAGCCCCUCCACGGUCACACGCCUCCACCCAUCCCCAUUCCCCAGCAAUGGCGGCGCAACUUCCGUCGCGGCCCGUGCAGAUCGCGCUUUUAGGCGCGGGAAUAUUCGCGCGGGACGCGUAUCUCCCGAUACUGAAGGCCAGCGAGGCUGAGAUCGCGCUCCGAUUCGUCUGGAGCCGCUCCCAGGGCUCAGCGGAAGCGCUAGCAGCAGCGUGGGUGGCGGCGGGAGGCGCGGCGAGGGGUGCGGCGGUGGAGGCGGUGUGGGGAGAGGAGGGCUUGGCGCGCAUUGAGAGGAGCGAGGAGGUGGAGGCUUGUGUGCUGGUGCUGCCCGUGCAAGUCCAGCCAGCGUUAGUGCUGCGGUUGUUGAAAGCGGGAAAGCACGUCAUGCAAGAGAAGCCCAUAGCGGCAGACUACCCCCAGGCUCUCGCCUUACAUGCUGAGGCAUCGCUCCUCUCAGCCCCUCUCUCCGCUGCCUCCUCUGCACGCCCCUCUUCGCCCCAAGGCCCUCUCUGGGCUGUCGGGGAGAAUUUCCGCCUCGAGCCCGCUUUUGACCAGGCACGGGAGAUAAUCUCGCAUCUGGGUACCAUGCUGGCAGUGCAAGUGGUGGCAGAGACGUCUCUCACCCCCGCUAACAAGUACUUCCCCAGCCAGUGGCGCCGCGACCCCGACUUCACGGGCGCGUUCAUUACCGACUGUGGCGUGCACUACGUGGCAGCAAUGUGUCAUAUGACUGGUCGAAGGGUAUGGUCAGUGGCUGCAUUCGCCUCGCACCAGAUCGCAGAUGUGCCUCCCCCAGAUAACUUUGCUGCCACGCUCAAGUUCGAGGAUGGUUCCGUGGGCACUCUCUCCAUCUCCUUCUCCUACACUCCUCGCAACCACAUGGUGUGGCGUGUGGUGUGUGUGGGCGGCACAGUGGAAGUCAGACGAGGCCCUCACUCCAGUGGCGACGGCCGGUUCGGGUACACGGUGUCACUUGAUCUACCACCCGGCGCAUCACUCCCCCCAUCCUGCCCCUCACCCUCCUUCCACUCGCUCCUCGGCAUCCAGCAGGAGCUCUCUCUCUUUGCCGCCGCUGUGGCUGCCCGUAGAGACCAAGGAACGCACACCCAGGGUGAAGCAGGAAACCAGGAGGACCAUACAAGCCAAGGCAUCGCGAGUCCUCCGGUUUCUCUAGACCCCCGCUUGUCCCCCUUAGCAGCGCUGGGCGACCUCGCUAUAAUGCACGCUGCAGUGCAGUCAGCGAAUUCGCCCGUGGCCGCCGGUACCCCCCAGCCCGUCCCGGUUGUUCCUGUAUGACUUGUUUUGUACGCGCCUACACUCCCGUCCCUGUUGUCCCUCCUACCACAUAUGCUGGAACCAUAUUCUAGCCCCCUCCCAGUCACAGCUUGCACAUCUUGUUGCGGCUUAAACACAGUGGACGGCUAGUUUUGAAACCACAAUUGCCAAACGUGCUGCCUGACAGACUGAUAUUGUUGGAGUGAGGGGUUUCGGUCAGGUGUGUAAUGAAUCGAUUUUUGAGGUCUCAGAUAUCAGACGAAAUCCGUCUGAUGGUCUGAAAAUCAGACCUGUUUUUUUGCUUUCAUCUGAUUUUUUGACGGGGUGAAUUAUUUCAUCUGAUUGUCCAUCUCAGUCAUAAG